CAACCAUAGGAACACAGGGCUGGCGUUUUGUUCCUGCUUUUAGAAAAUAAAUUAUUUUAGGGAUUAAAACGACAUAAGAGAAACAGCUGACGCAAAGCAGUUAUAUUUUAAUUUACUGAAACAAAAGCUUUGUGCCUGUUGAACUCUUGGAUCAAAUAAUGGGAGUAAACAAUGGAUCAGCUCUGCUGGAGGAGAAACAACAGGAAACAUCUACAGAUGAAAAAUCAGUGUGCCAGUUACUUACGUUAACCAGCAAACCUCACUGUGGGGAGGCAGCUGAAGUCUCAGCAACAUUCUCAACACCUCAGCAAAUAAAACUGAAACUAUCAGCAUGGCUGGAUUCCGGUGGAGGCUGGUUGAGUCAGUACAGACAGCUGGCUCAUUACUUCUCUCUGCUCUGCUUUCUGCUCAUCAUCAUCACUCUGCUCCAGACUCUCUGCUUGGUUCAGAUCACCUUGGUGUUCCAGUCGCAAUCAACCCUGCAGGAGACCAAACUGAGAGAUUUGACACACAGCCUGGAGAAGCUUAACCAGUCAUAUAACCUCCUGUUCUCCCAGUAUCCAGCUCUGAACCAGUAUUGCCCAGUCAGUAACUCCACCACUAGUGAGAGAGUGUGCAGCCCAUGUCCAGCCGGCUGGACACCUCAGGGAGAGAAAUGUUUCCUGUUCAGUCAGGACAGGGCCGACUGGAUCAGCAGCCAGUACCACUGCAUGGCACUGGGGGGCGCUGUGGUCACAGUCAGGACAGAGGAGGAGCAGGUGUUUCUGUGGAAAAAGGCCCGGAGUCUGAGCCAGGGAGACUCGUACUGGCUCGGCCUGAGGAGCAGCGGAGGUGACGGAGGUUGGCAGUGGAGUGACGGCUCCCCGGUGGAGCAGGGACCAGGGUUUUGGGAGCGUGAGCCCGAUAAAACGGACAGCAGUGAGCUGUGUGGUCGGCUCACCCCGGGAGACACCUACACAAGGAGCUGGUUCACCUACAGAUGCUCCAACCUGCUGAGGAGAAUCUGUGAGAGGAGACAAGCCUCUCUGCAGUGAACCAGACGAAAAUAAUCAAAAAAAAAAAGCACAGCAAAGCCAGAUUAGUGAAAAGUGAUUCAGGGGCGUGCAGCUGACAUAUUUCUGCUGUUGAUUUAAA